AUGCAUGCAGACGUUGCUUCGCCAAGGGGGUCAUUUUUGUCCUCACUCUUCGGACCAUAUGAUGCGUCAGCCCCUCAGCAGCAACCCCUGCCGGAGGAUGCAUUGAAACCGAUGUUGGCUCAGUGCAAAUCAGCCAUCCUCUCCACGCGAUACACCGACCCGCUCGUGCUGUGUCUGCUGCUGCUUUUGCUGUGUCUCUUCCUGAUCUUGCUAGUAGCCGUGCGCAGCAAGCAUCUGAGGUAUCAGUUCGGACUACUAUUGCUGCUCCUGGGGUGCCUACGCACCUCUCAGGUGCUCCAGAGGGAGCUGUACGUAAACCAGGAAUGGCUGCUGCUGCAGGGUUGGGUGUCAGGUUCCUAUGGGGCAGCAGCAGACACAUGGAUCUUUGUCUUUUGGGUUGUGCCUCUGGUGCUGCUGCUGGUGCUCCUGAAUCUGCUGCUGCUGCAGCGGCUGCUAACGGCAGCUGGGGGUGCCCUACGCUGUCGCAUUGCCGCGAGCGCAGCCAACCAAGAGCAGCAGCAGCAGAAGCAGCAGCAGCAGCAGAAGCAGCAGUAGCAGCAGAAGCAGCAGUCGCCAUCACCCCCCCUUGCAUUGGGGACGCUGGCGAGCGGCAUCUCUGGUGUACGAACAGCCCAUCCGAAAUCUGAGUGCUCCGAAGACGUUGAUACGCCUUCUCUUUUCUCCGCUUCCCAGCGGCUUCCCUUUUAUCGCGAGGCUUCUGCAGACUUCAAGAGACCCCCCGUUGCAGAGACACCCCAAACUGCAUCCGCAGCGGCAAACUCGGCAGAAGGCAGUUCUCCAGCAUUAGACAUGAACUCCCCCGCAAACACGGGGAAGAGGGGAGGGGGUUCCUGGCACAAGCAGUUGUCGCGAUCAACUUUGCAGCAAGCGAGGCGGUUUGAUGCGGAGAUCGAAGAAAAGGGGGAAGAAGAGCAGCAGCAGCAGCCUUUGGCGGGAGCAGUAGGAACGCAAGAAGGGGCAGCCUGCAGACAGGGGAGUUCUGUGGCUCCAGAAAUUCUCAUUAGACGUCCUGCUGCAGUAGUGCCACGCCUUGACCUCUCCACUCUCUGCGGAUUGGCUGGUUGCAUGCAGAAUGCAGUCGAGGGCAAUGCGACAGCUACGGCAGCAGCAGCUCGCCAUACUGCUACCGACAGCACACGCACCGAAGCGGGAAGCCAUUUCCCACAGAAGCCGCUUACUGCUGAACUGCCGUGGGUGGUACCUUGGAGGGGACUUCAACAAGUUGCUGCUGCUGCUGCGGAGGCAAAGAUUUCAAGCGUUUUUCCCGCAAUAACAGCGCGCUUGGAUCGGCAGCAGCCACAGCCACCUCAGCAGCAGGAACGGUUAGAUGCGCAGAUGCAUGCGCUGUUGAUUGCCCUUACUGUGUCUCUCCUUGUUCAUGACGGCCGUCACGAGAUCUCUGAGGAGCAGGAAGCCUCAGAAGACGCUGUCAUUACAGCCCCUGCAACUUCUUCCGCUUCCCCACCAGCACCUGAUGCAUCGGCAGAAUACUGGGAAGGGGGAGACGCAUCCCCUCGUUUUGAUGCCGCUUGUGGCUCUCGCAGACUUUGGAGAAGCGAGGCUGUUGCUAGGGCAGGAAGAGCUGUCUAG